AUGGCGGAAGAAGGACAAGUGAUUGCCUGCCAUACCGUUGAUGCCUGGAAAGAGCAGUUUGAGAAGGGAAAAGAGUCUAAGAAACUGAUUGUGGUGGAUUUUACUGCUGCAUGGUGUCCACCAUGUAAAAUGAUUGCCCCAAUUUUCGCGGAGUUGGCCAAGAAGUUUCCCAAUGUCAUAUUCUUGAAGGUGGAUGUGGAUGAAUUGAAGAGUGUUUCUGAAGAAUGGAAGGUGGAGGCCAUGCCAACUUUCAUUUUCCUGAAAGAUGGAAAAGAAGUGGACAAAAUUGUGGGUGCUGAUAAAGAUGGCCUCCCAAGAAUGAUUGCAAAGCACGCUGGGACUGCUGCUGCAGGAAGUGUGGGUGAUGCUUGA